CUUGUAAUAUGAGUAACUCUCAAAAGGUCCUCCUCUGCCUUUCCACUGGGUGGUUCCCAAACAUUUGAUUUAUUAAAUCACACUUUUCAGUUGAUUCUUUCAUUGAAUCCUUUAAUUUAUCAGGUUGUAUUAAUAACGGAACAGUUCCAUGGGUUGUGAUUUGUAGGAGGAAUCAGUGGCCCAGCGGUGUGUUGUACAUGAUGUGUUCAUCUAACAGGUUUGCAUCACUAGCUCGUGGCAGCAGCGAGGGGCUGCACACAGUUUGGAUGUGGAGGGAAAGGUCUGAUUAUUCUGUAGAAAAUUAUGUCUGGUUCCCACAAACCUUAAACUCUGAAGUCUCCGAGUGCCGGACUUCUAAUAAUCCAACACUAACAUUUUCCCAGCUUUAACUCUGAUAGUAAAUACAUGAGAGUAGGACAAUCCAUUAACACAGCUGUAGAAAAACAUCGGGGCAGCCCGUAAAUUCUGUUUUGUUGGUUUCUGAACUUAGAAAGCAGCUCCUGAGACACUUCAGUUGGCAUUGAAGCGCCCCAGGGUGGAUGUCGAGGCCAUUGUCCUGUUGCAGAAGCCAGCCUCUUUCCACUUUCACCUUCUGGGCCGACUGCAGGGCAUUUGCACCCAGAAGCUGAUGUUUCCUGUGUCACUGGCUGCUACACAACCCCAGAGAAGAUGCUUGACACAUGGCACAGUUUCAAUCGUUAUUGCAAUCGCUCAGAUGACGACGCUGUGGUUCCAGAGAGGUUUUUAGCGUCUGUAAAGUGUGUGCAAGGGUUGAAAAGCUGUUUUCUUCCUGUUUCCCACCAGAUCACACUAAACAUCCAGACCACAAUCAGUGCAGCUGCUGACGAUACAGACUUCCUCAGACCCCUCCACACUCUGGGUGAGCACCACAGCUCUUCAUGAUGCCUCCUUCAUCCAACGUCAGCUCUGGAGGAGCCGAGCAGGGGGUGAAAUGUAUCAUCAAUGACCAGAUGGGACCCUUCACUGUCCUCUACAUCCUCAUCUUCAUCAUCAGCCUGCCUGGAAUUCUGCUGUCUGUGUGGGCCUUCGUCCGCAGUCCCGGAGCCCAGCGGCAGAGCACCGGCGUCUACCUGGUCAACCUGCUGGCGGCCGACCUCCUGCUGCUGCUCGCGCUGCCCUUUAAGAUCCUGAAGGAUCUUGGGGUGGCACCUUGGAGCCUCAUGGUGUUUCACUGCCAGGCCAGCGCCGUCACCAUCUACAUCAGCCUGUACGCAUCCAUCGCCUUCCUCGCCUUCAUCAUUAUAGACCGCUACCUGCAGGACUGCCACACUCUGCGUUUGCUGCGGCUGCAGGAGGUCAGCUUCGCCCAGCUUCUGUCUCUGGUUGUGUGGCUGCUGCUGCUGCUCAUCAUGGUGCCCAACAUGGCUCUGCCCAUACAACAAGUCCAGGAGCAGCAGUACCUCAGCUGUUCCUCCCUGAAGAAGGACAUUGGUCUCCACUGGCACACCAUGGCCGUCUUCCUCUGCACAGCUUUGUUCCUCAAUGCUUCCAUCGCUGUGCUCAUCUCCAGUGGUCUGGCGCUUAAAAGACUCCUGGCAAGUCGUAGCAACCCCAAACUCUGGGUGGAUGCCCGGCGAGCUGUGAGGAGUGUGACGGCGGUGGCGGUGGCCUAUAUGCUCAGCUUUGUUCCCUACCAUGUUGUCCGGACACCUUACACGUUAGCGCAGACCAAAGUCAUCACAGACUGCCAGACCAGAAGGCAGCUGUUUCUAGGGAAGGAGUCGACGCUGCUGCUGAGCGUGCUGCACCUCUGCUUCGACCCCCUGCUCUUCUUCUACCUCUACACACCUUUCAGACAGACAGUCAGGAAGAUGCUCCCUUGUAUCAGAAGCCAGGCAGUGAGCGAUGCAGAGGAACAGGAUGCAAGCGAAAUGAUGCAAACUCCAACCUCUGCACAGCACAAGGAUGUGAUCUAACCACAGACAUACUGGCUGUGAGGCAGGGAUUUACCAAAGACCACCUUGAGGGAAGAGUGUUACAGAAUAAAGACUUGAAGAAACACAGGUAGGUCCAGGACAUGUUUAACCUAGCUUAGCACAAAGACUGGAAGCUUAUGGAAACGACUAGCCUAAGAAUACACUUUUGGCAACUCCAAAUGUGCACAAAACUGUUAUCAAGCAGUGGAACUGACAAAGUGAAAGUUCAUUCAUGCACCAAAUCAAUGUCGUGGCUGCAGAACUGACUUAUUAAAAAGCUGGUAAUAAACUUGAUUUAUUCAUUAUGUAAUUACUGUAUGAGCCUCAUGUUGACUCUAAUAACUUGGUGUCAGUUUCUAGGAACCUUUAU